AUGGCGGGGAGCAUACAGGAGGUAAGUCAUCCGGCGCUGUUGGUGCCCCCGCCGCCGCCGCCGCCACGGCAGCGCCAGCAGCAUUACCAGCAGAAGAUGCCGAUGGCGCUGUUCCCAGGCAGUCUGUACGUAUCCCCCGUGACCGUGGAGCAGUGGAAGUGGCUGGCUUCCAGGCCCGCAGCUCGCGACUCGCUGGGACUCAUCAACUGGCCUGCUGAGGGUGGCGGGGAAGGAGGCGACGGUUGUUUCACUCGCCUCGACUCGCUGGCCGCCUCCCAGCUCUCGUUGCCGCGGCGAUCAGUGCAAGACGGGCGUGUGAGCGUCCACUUCCCCUUGGCCACGGACAGGCUCCUCCAGCUCCACUACCAGGACCACAUGCAGGAGAUUAGCAUGGCGAGGCUGCUCAAAGAUAUGGAUUGCCUGGGAGGGCACGUCUGCCGCAAGGUGAGAUCGCCAUAUCUAUCUCUCUUCCAAGCUACCGCUAAUUUGGCUGUGCUGCAGCAUUGCCUCGGAGACGAAGGUACCUCGAGGCCGCUUGUGUUCUUGACGGUACUCUUGGAUGGCCUGGUCAUCCACAAGCCGCUCCUGUUCGAUGUGGACGUGGAGCUCAUUGGCACAGUGCAACGAGCCGGCCGCAGCUCCCUCCACGUUCACAUCCAAGCUGUGCAGCACCAAGCUACUGCCCUGGAGGCUGGCCUCGUCUUCGUGGCCCGCGACAGGAUAACUGGCAAGCCAGCGCGGGUGAACGCUCUUGAAGCCAGACGCGUGGAUGUGGAUAAUCACCACGAUCAUCACGCCGCGCCUGGAGCCUGGCAGCAACUUGUGGGAUGCAUGCUCGACGAGGGGCGGCAACUGCUGGCGGCGGGAAGCAAGGAUGAUGCUAGUGCUGUCUUGAUCCAGAGGACUCGACACCAAACGUGUUUUGUGGUGGAGCCUCAGCAGCUCAACUCGCAGGGAUCAGUGUUUGGGGGGGAGCUCUUGGCUGAAGCUUGUGGGCUGGCCAUGUGCACUGCAUAUGGCUUUGCCGCGCGCUUUGGCCACGGCCGCAGUAGACCACGGCUCAAGCACAUAUAUCACGUCAAGUUCUUGGAGGGGGUGAGUGAGCUUGACUUCUUUGUUCCUUCCUGGUGCUAA